UUGGGAAAACUGAGGCCACAGUGGGUCGCCACAAGCCCAAGGUGCCAUCACCACGUUGUAACUCAGGGGUUCCCUCCGACGGCCUUACAGGAACUCCAACUCCCUGAACAGAGCACCGUCCCAUUAUACAAACAGCUGCUCCCUUUCGUCCGGCUUUGGGCGCAGUUUGACGUCACAGAAGAGCUGCCUUGCCUCACCCUGCCCCUUCGGAAGCCCCGCCCCCUGCCCGGCUCCGCCUCGCUCGGCGUUCGUCAAGCUCCGCCUCCAGCGCUCGUCCCCGCGCGGGUAGCCCUGGAGUGCCCCGCGCGGCCUCUCUUCCGGCCCCGCCCCUCCUGGCUGCCAUGACAACGAGUCUGCGCCCCGCGCUCAGCUGGUUCUCCGGCGGAGCCCAGGCUGGACCGCGGGCCCCGGCCUGGGGGCCACUGCUGCCACCGCCGCCGCCACCUCGUCUCCUCCCCGUCCCCGCCCAGCCCCAGGUCUCCCCGCCUCACUCGGGCCCGUGGCCGGGGUCACUUCCCGCCGCCCCUCCCCGCACGGAUGCCGAAGGUGAAGGCGCUGCAGUGCGCCCUGGCGCUGGAGAUCAGCUCAGUAACUUGCCCAGGAGUCGUGCUUAAAGACAAAGAGGACAUCUAUCUUAGCAUCUGUGUGUUUGGCCAAUACAAAAAGACACAAUGUGUCCCAGCCACUUUUCCCCUGGUCUUCAAUGCCAGAAUGGUGUUUGAAAAGGUGUUCCCGGACGCAGUAGAUCCUGGAGAUGUGGUUACACAGCUUGAAUAUGAUACAGCAGUGUUCGAGUUGAUACAGCUAGUUCCACCAGUGGGUGAAACACUGUCUACGUAUGACGAAAAUACACGAGAUUUCAUGUUUCCGGGUCCAAACCAAAUGUCUGGACACCAUGAUUCAAACCGCCAGGUUACCAUGAGGAGGAUUUCUGGCCUUCGAGGAAAUGCUCCAAGGCUGGAAUUUUCUACAACUUCAGUGAUUACUGAAUGUCUGAUAAGUUCAAGGAAAUGCCACACUCAGGAUAAAUUUAUUUACCAUUUGGCUCCAGUUGAAAAAUCACAUGGCAGACUGCAAAACAGAACAUCAAGAUCACAAAAGAAAAAAUCCAAGUCACCUGAGAGAAGUAAAUACUGUAUAAAUGCAAAAAACUACGAACAGCCUACAAUUUCUUCAAAAUCACACUCUCCAUCUCCCUACACAAAAAGACGCAUGUGUGAGCUAUCUGAAGACACCAGGCGGCGGCUGGCCCAUUUAAAUCUGGGACCCUAUGAGUUCAAAAAAGAAACAGAUAAACCUCCAUUUGUGAUUAGACAUGUUGAUCCCCCAAGUCCCAGGGCUGAUACUUUAUUGGGAUCUUCUGGAAGAGACUGUGAAAGAGAUGGAUGGUCAAGGGUGCACAAUGAUCAUUCUCAUCUUGGCUGCUGCCGACCCAAGGAUUAUAAGGUUAUCAGAACACCCCAUGGGAGAGACUUCGAUGACUCUUUAGAAAAAUGUGAAGAGUAUCUGAGCCCAAGGUCGUGUAGUAAGCCCCGGCAUUCAGCGAGGACCUUACUAGUCCAUUCAGCACCCUCAACAAUGCCAAAGCAUUCUCCAAGCCCUGUGUUAAAUAGAGCUUCUCUCAGGGAAAGAUUUCAAUCUGAUUGGUGUUCACCUUCAAACUGCGAUGAGAUCCAUGACCGGGAUGAGAGAGACCUAGAGAAAGAUGAUGAACUGGAACUGAAAAGAAGUCUUUUAUGUAGAGACUCUGCCUAUGACAGUGACCCCGAGUAUAGCUCAUGUCAGCAGCCACGUGGCACUUUCCAUUUGGAUGACGGUGAAUACUGGUCCAACAGGGCAGCCUCUUAUAAGGGAAAAUCCCACCGACCCAUCUUUGAGAACAGCAUGGACAAGAUGUACAGGAACUUAUACAAAAAGGCCUGUAGUUCUGCUUCACAUACACAGGAAAGCUUCUGAGACCAUCCAUGAUAAACCUCAUUAGUGUCCGUGUCAAUUUCUCAAUGAAAAUGUUUGAUGUGAUCAA